AUCAUGAAAUGAAGUUCUCAUUCUUGCCUAUUACCAAGUCAACAAAAACAAUCAUAUCCAAUCAAACCCUCUAUCUCAUCCAGUAAAGAACAACAUGCCUCUCUUCCACCGCAAUUCAGUAUCCGGCUCCUCCUCCUCAGCCCGUAGCAUCGAGGAACCCAACCAGCGCAGCCACGGGUUAUUCGGUGGUCGUAACUCGCAUUCAAGCCACUCCUCUCGCCGUUCCUCGGGUAGCUACUCGAGCGGACACACCCAACGUCGCGGUCUGCUCGGCCGACACCAUGAAGACCCGUCCAUCGCAGCAGCCAAGGAGCAGGUCCUCCGCGCCGAGUCGGCAGAGCAAGCGGCCGAUCGGGCUCUGAGGGAAUCCCGGAUGGCGGUGCGCGAAGCCAGGGACCAUGUGAAACGACUGGAGCACGAGGCGGCAGAAGAGGCGCGACUGGCCAAGCAUAAGCAGCAUCAGGCCAAGUCCAUCUCGAAGAGAGCUAAGCCUCUUGGACGCCAUGUCUGAUUAAACGCCGGUCAUCGGUCAUCUACUAACUGAUGGGAGGAUAGGUCAUUUUGUCUUGUUCAAGCAAUGUACUAUACCAUACUUGGUUUCAUAAUCUGUAUUUGUAGC